AUGCUAUUGAAAAGUGCGUCUAUUUCGCGUGGUUGUGGCCAGCUUGGAAUUCCACUCGCGAAACAAUUGUGGCAACGUUAUGGAGUGGAUCAUGUCAUUCUUUCUGAUAUAGUUCGGCCAACAGAUGAAAUCUAUCAGGAAGGGACAUAUCGAUACGCUGAUGUAUUGAACUUCAGCCAAAUUCAAGAACUGCUCGUUAACGAGCGAAUCGACUGGAUUAUCCAUUUCAGUGCACUGUUGAGCAUGCGCGCUGAACACGAUGUUCCAUCUGCGAUAAAGCUCAACAUCGAGGGCGUUCACAAUAUUCUGGAAUUGGCGCGAAAAUACAAAUGUAAACUUUUCAUUCCUAGCACAAUUGGUGCAUUUGGUUUAGAGUCUCCGCGCAGUCCAACGCCAGACAUUUGCGUUCAAAGACCACGCACAAUAUACGGUGUCUCAAAGGUGCAUAAUGAAUUAUUGGGCGAGUAUUUCUAUCACAAAUACAACCUGGACUUCCGAUGUUUACGCUUUCCUGCCGUGAUAUCAGGUGAUGCAAAACAAGAGGGUGGUACAACAAGUUAUGCCAUAAAAAUGUUUCAUGAUGCUCUCACAAGCGGUAAUACCACCUGUUAUCUUCGCAGUGAUACGCGAUUACCAAUGAUGUGGAUUGAUGAUUGUAUCCAAUCAAUUAUUGACAUAAUGGAGGCACCUACAUCUAAACUCAAACAAAGAACAUACAAUGUAGCAGCCAUGAGCUUCACGCCAAACGAACUGGCCAACACUAUUCGAAAAUAUAAAUCAAGUUUCACAGUAUCUUACACUAUUGAUCAUAGACAACAAAUAGCUGAUAGCUGGCCAGAAGCACUGGACGAUCGCAAUGCUCGAGAACAUUGGGGUUGGAACCCAAAAGUUGAUCUUGACGAAUUGGUUCGGCGAAUGUUUGAAUAUCUGAAAGCAAAACACCAAGCUCUAUAA